AUGAGCAAUCAACCUCAGAUUCCCACUCCUGCCCAUACGCAAGCUGAGUCAAUGCUGUCUCGACAGUUUGGGAAAGAAACCGUAAACUACUUCUCCAGCUCGCCUUUAAAUCGGCUCUCGUUUCUACGGACCGAGCAUGCGUUUCUUUCAGCAGCUAUCAGACAUCCUUCCACCCGCUUUGUACUUCUGAAGGAUCUUGCACCCCUUACAAAGUCUCCGUCAGAAUUAUAUUAUGCUCACUAUAAUGAAAUUCAAAAGCUUGUUCCCGAGACGAUUUAUGAUAAGACAGAGGAGGAGACAAUCAAGGAAUAUGACUCACGGAAGACCACCGCGCAGCUAAUCUUCCUCGGACUAGACGAGAGCCGUAAACAAGAUGGGCUCGCUUGGAAGAUUUAUACCGGCACUCCUUUCUUUGCUCUCGAUGUAACCCCUAAGGGGGAUGACGAGCAACAGACCAAUUCCAAAGCUGUGAUUAGUGCCAUGGAGGAAAAGGGAUUGAGCUUCUUCCAGUCGAGAGUGGUCAUGACCUUUUCGGCUGACGAAGCUGCCAUUUACGCCCAAGCCCGCGCUCUCAUGGAUUGGAAUAACCGUAAUAGCUUCUGUGGCACCUGCGGUAACCCCACGCUCUCUGUAAAUUCUGGUACCAAGCGUGCUUGUCCACCUACAGACGUUGCCCGUGUCGCAGAGGGGAAGCCGGCCGAACGGCCAGCCUGCAACACGCGCACUACCCUUUCUAACCUGUCCUUUCCACGUACCGAUCCAACAAUCAUUGUGGCCGUUCUUUCAACCGACGCCAAGCGGGUCCUGCUUGGUCGCUCAAAACGCUAUCCGCCCAACUGGUAUUCAACCCUUGCCGGGUUCAUCGAACCAGCAGAGUCGGUUGAGGACGCUGUCCGGAGGGAGGUGUGGGAAGAAGCGGGCGUUACUCUUUCCCGUGUCAUUAUUCACUCAUCCCAGCCUUGGCCCUACCCAGCAAAUCUCAUGAUUGGAGCAAUCGCACAAGUUAGCGAUCCUGCCCAUGAAACGAUCAAUCUAAGCCAUGACCCUGAGCUGGAAGAUGCGAAAUGGUUUGGCGUCGAGGAAGUCGAGGAGGCUUUGAGAAUAGGCGUAAGUGCGCUGGGUGAUAAGGCUGGUCCGGAGUACAAAGAGGGAGGGUUGAGACUUCCGCCGCCAACUGCUAUCGCGAAUCAAUUGAUCAGAGCAGCUGUCAACAUGGAUCUCUUGGCAGGAGACAAGACUUCAAAAAUGUAG